AUGCAGGCAGCAGGCAAGCAAGCACACAAGCAAACCACAAGCACGCCCGCCCUUUCCUCCUCACCUUCUCUUCGUCCCAUUCGCCGACCCUCCUGCUCGGGAAAAGAUAGCUCCCCAAUCCCGCAGGUUGGCGCAUAUGUCCUACGGGAACUAUUGCUCACGCGCAGCAUCAGCAAGCCAGAAAUAGAUGACACACCAUGA